CAGCCGGAGUUGACUCAUCCAUUGAGAGACUUUGACAAAACUCAACUUUUCAACGGACAGCAGCAGCAGCUCAGAAUAACAAAAAACAACUCACCCCAUGGACAGCUAACAGUUAGCUGGUAGCCACAGGAGUGUUAAUACAAGACGGUGGAGGUAAGACUGGUGGCGUCUUCCCUGAAAGUAUCGGCCAAGUUUCAGCGAUGCCAGACGUUGAACCGCUCAGAUUCCCAUCAAGGGAAGGACGACCUGGCCAGCAAGUAUUUUGUGUUUCUCAAGAUCAAGCAGAACUUCAAACCGUCUGCUCUGGUAGACGUCGCACAUGUGCUUUGCUCAACAGUCCGUCUCCAUGUGUCAGCAGUGGUAUUUACCAUGUACAAGAGAUGAAGAUGAUGGUGGAAAGUUGGUGUCAGCAGUCUGGAAAAUAUCACUCACAGAUUGAUCAGGACAAGCACCACUGCAACAAAACUUUGAGAUUUCAGUCCAGAGACUCGGAUACCGAAUCUGUGACAUCUACAGAGUUGUUCGUCGAAGGCAUCGCAAUUAGCGCAAGAGAAAGUUGUCCAUUAUCGCCACUAUUGAAGAAAAUAAAUGAUGUCCUUGGAGAGGUUGUGUGUCUGAUUGAGCGGCUAGAGGCUGAUAGGCAGUAUGCAGAGGAGGCUCUCCACAAAGAGAAGAGGAGAAAAAUACUUUUGGAGAGCAAAGUUGACAGCAUCGCAUUGUGGAAGCAACAAGAGCACUCUUUUGUUGUCCAAAAAGAGCACGAGGCUUGCAUCAGAGACAUCACUGAACUCAAGUGGCAACUUAAACUGGAAAGAGAAAAACUUGACCAAGCCCAGGAGAAACUGUCGCACGCUGAGGUGUUGAACCAGCACUUACACAAGGACAUAAACUUUGCCAAAAAACAAGUUCCCAUUGUGAAAGAAAACAUUGACCUCCAGAGAGGCAUCAUAGAACAAAUUAACUCUGCGCAAGCUGAGGCUGACAAAGUGUACUCAAAAACACAAAGUGAUCUUGCACUGGCUCAGAGGGAGUUUAAAAGGAUGGAGCGGGAUGCCAAAAAUGAAAAGACAUCAUUGGAAAAUACCCUGUCGGAAAUGAAAAAUCAGCUUUCUUGCAGACUGGAGGAUUUAAACCAGCUGAAGAUAGAGGAGAAAGAUAUUUGUGCUGAAAUAAAGGAUGCUGAGAAGACAGUCGCUCUUACAAAAGAAAAGUGCGUAGCCAUAAAACAACGUAUCCCUGAAGUUAUGGCACAACUGAAAGCUGAAAAAGAACGGAUUUUGGAAUUGAAACUUCAAAUUGAAAAUGAAAUGCAACGGAACAAAAAAUUGAAAGAGAAACUAAUUGCACUGAAACAAGACAUUGAGAAAACUAGACUAAAUGGGGAAGCAGAGGUUUCCUGCAUAGAAGAGCAGCUCCAUUCAAAACGUGAUGCUUUUGCAGCCCUGCGUAAAGAGAACAUGGAGUCUGAGCAGAACGUAGAAGACUACAAGCUAAAACUCUCUGAAAGUGCGAAAGCAGUGAAGCAGAUGCGCGAGGAGAGGAAGCAGAUGCUCCAGAAAAUCAUUGACAAUGACGAGCAGUGGGAAAAGGCCAAGGAGGAAGUGACCCAAGUUGUAGCCCAGCACAGUGUCGCCCAGACUAAACUGGAAGAGCAGGAGCAGCUCACCUUCAUGGAAGAACAGAGGGCCAGGAAAGAGAUAGAAAAGCUGAGGAAAGAUCUGACAGGACAGAUGACUGCCCUGGAACUACUGAAGGGUCAGUGUGCAAAUAAAAAUGAAGAAAUGUGUCGACUGCAGAGGAGCUCAGACCUAACCAACCGAAAGCUCCAGAAAGAAUUUGAAGAUGUAUCCUCAGCAACAAAAGCUCUGGAGACAAAAGUGGAGCAAAUCAGGAAAUUGACAGAAAAUCUUGAGAAGAUACAGUGUGAACACAAGAACACAUUAGUCAACCUCGAGAAGGAGAAGAAACUAAAAUAUGACCACCUUAAAGCUGCUCAGGAUCUACACACUGCUACUGUAGAGAGAUAUGACAACACCUUGGGCAAAAUCAGUGACCUUACGAAGAAGAGCGAAGAAUACCGAGACGCAUCAGAUGAAAUGGAAAAAACAGUUGAUAGCAUGCCAGAGAUCAUGAGAGAACUUCAAAGCCUUUUUGAUGUGGUGGAAUUCAAAAACAAAUCAGCUGCUCUCAUAAUGAGCACCUUGCAGUCUGAUAUUAAUAACUGCCAACGACGAACACAGCGAUCCAUGCAGACACACACCGCUCAUGUUACUGCAAGAAAAAAAGAAAUGGAAGACACUAAGGAAGCACUGAAAAAUGCACUGAUGGAAAACAAACAGCUGGCAAUCGAGUAUGAAGGUCUGAAGAAGAUCCUCAUGGAGGCCAAACAGGAAGCAGCGUAUACUCUGAGUGAGAGAAACCAUGCACAUAAAUCUUCUCAUUAUUACACUCAGCUCUCUUUGUUGCAGAAGAGGAUGCACAAAGCUUUGGUGAAAUACUUCAAACAACGCAGCCUCUACAGCCGGGCUGAACUGGACCGGUGCCAGGCUCUUUCUCAAGAGACCGACCAGAAAAUAAAAACAGCCCAGAGGAGUAGCGGCAUAUCCUGCAAGGUUGAGAAACAUUACAGAGAGCAGCCAUGUCUCACUGGCCCAGCCUCAAAAGGCCCCAGCAGAUCACAGCUCAAGGCAGGGAGGAGUAGGGCACAGGGGGGAGGAGCUAUCAGAGAGCUGCAGAGUGUGAAGGACAAAAGAGCUGGUGUAUUCAAGCGCACCACACCGUCACCCGUCACAGCUCAGCACAGGGUCCAUCAGAGCAGAUCCACCAUCAGCUGUGUGUGUGGGAUGCACACUGAGAGAGGUUGUCAGGAGGAAUUCAGCUCAUCUCUUCGUUCCUGCAAUCCUUGACAGAUGACUCUACUACCACCGAUGAUGUCGGGGCGAACAAACAAGCCAGUCCAGAUGCGGUUGGAUCGAAUGAGUAGAUGCCUUCAGUUCAAAUAGCAGUGUAAUUGGACAUUCACCUGUACCAGACAACUUACUUACCCUAGCACGCUUCACUAUUCCCCCCUCUACUUGCAGCAAAUCCAUAACAAUGAAACAGGUGACUUUCAUGCUGCUGUCAGGACUGAUCUAAUUUUAGCUGGGUGAAUGAUUGCAAUUGGCUUUGCCUCAUCAGAUAAUUAAUCUAUGUCACCAUUAAUUGGAAAAGAGAAUAAUUACAGGCAGUGUUGACAGAAAUUCUACGCUUCUCCAGAUUCCAAGAUCUAAUUACAACUAGUGAAACCCCGUGACCUUAACUAGCACUUAGUGCACCUUGGCCACCUUGACCAUGCCCAUGUGAAGACCACUGUCUCUCCGAAAGACCCUGUUAUUGUUACUGCGCCCCACACUCCUUCACUCGCCUCACUCUCCGAAAGCUGUCUCCCUCAAUCACUUUUCAAUAUUCAAUCUUAAUUUUGUGGAAGUUUAGCAUUUUCAAUGAGCUGGAGAUGAAUGAUUAAUGAAUAAAUUUAAAUGCUUCA